AUGGCCUUAAUGAAAUUGACCAAUAACCGGCCUGAGACGCCGUACUUCAGGCCCCCACCCAUUCACAUCCGGGUGUUAAAAUCUUGCAACCAGCUAAACUUCGAUGGCAGCCGAAAGUCAGUGACCCACGCUGUGGACCUGCCCAGCCCUCAGCGGCCUGUCGCUCAGACAAAGAAAGCUGAAGACGACUCCAUGCUCCCGACUGGAGCCAGAAAGACCAUCACACCGCAAGACACAAGCAAGGCGGCUCCUUCUCAAAGUGCCAGUGAGCAGGAAGCUUCAGUCAGUCAAGACCCAUGUGCUGCUGCUCCAGUUGUGGGACCCUGUAAAGGCACCUUCCCACGGUGGUACUACGACCAAAAUGUGGGAGAGUGCAAACACUUCCUGUAUGGAGGCUGCCAGGGAAACCACAACAACUUCCUCCAGGAGUUGGACUGUGUCAGUGAAUGCAUACAAAAAAGUCCAGCUUUCAGACCUGCCAGUGUGGCUCCUCCAGUCACCAAGCAGACUGAGAUAGCUUCCCCUAAAGCCAACCAGAGCCAAGCAGUGAGUGACGCCCCCAUCUCCAAACCAUUUCCACUUGGCCUAAUCAUCACUGCCGUGCUGCUGCUCAUGAUCUGUCGUCUGAUCUGUGAGCUGUCGUCUCAGGCUCGUCCGCCACAAACUGAAUAA